UCAUAAAUUCAGUUUAGAAUAGAGGGUAAUAAAUUUCGGGUUGGGAAGAACAAAGUAUAAAUAUGAACGCGAGACAAUAAACAGAGCUCGAUUACAUAAUUUUAUUUAUAGUUUAAUCUUAUAUCUCCUCUAAUCUCUCCCUCCUAUAACCCUAGAUCUUGAUUUUUUUUUCUUUCUCUCUCUCUCUCAAUUAUCAAUUAUCAAUUAUCAACUAUCAACCAACCGCCCUUUCAAAAAAAAAAUUCCAAAAAAUUAUCAACCUCAAACUUUCUAGAUUGCAAAUUGAGAAAAAAUAAUGAGGGGCUAUGUUUCAUCAAAGAAGAAGAGAUGUUCAAGUGAAAAAGUGCAGUCUUCCUCAACUGGUGUGCUUGAGCGCUGCAAGGUAGCGGACAGGUUAAGUGAGUUGCCUGAUGAUAUUAUUGUUUCUGUUCUCUCUCGCUUAAAGCUGAAGGAAGCAACUAGGACUAGUGUUUUAUCUCGAAGGUGGAGGAGUUUAUGGACUUUUACUACUGGUGCCUUGGAUUUCCAUUAUGCGGGUCCAGUUCCUGACGGGCCACAGGCGGCCGAUAUAUAUCUUGACAUAUAUCUUCACGGUCGAAAGAACAAGGAUCCUCUAGUCGAAAGGGGAAGGCCUGAGUUUAUAGCUUGGGUGAACCACGUGUUGAGCCUGCACCAAGGUUCAAGAAUUGAUGAAUUUGAAGUAUCUGCUAAGUUGUUUGGCCGAAUGAGAACAAGUAUUAUUGAUAAAUGGCUCCACUUUGCUUUUCAAAAGAGAGUCAAAAGACUUAAACUCGACUUAAGAAGGAAAAUCCCUACCUCUGAGACGAGCUACUCCCUUAAAAAGCCAUUGCUCUGCAAGUUUAGCUCUCAUCUUGAUUCCCUGACGCUACUUUAUUUGAAUGAGGUGGCUGUUUCGAGCAAGGUUAUACACUAUUUUCUGUUGAAAUGCUGUUUUCUUGAAGAAUUACACGUGGAACGCUCAUCUUGUCUUGUUGAGAUGAAAGUCCCUGGUCCAAUGCCACAGUUGAGGUGCUUGAGGAUAAUAGAUUGUUUAAACCUCAAGUUCAUCGAGAUUCAUGCUGUUAACAUUUUGGUAUUUGCCUAUCAUGGGUAUAAUGUACCGGUGACUUUUGGAAAAGCCCCUCCUUUAGUUGAUGCUUCCCUUGGUGGCUAUUACGCUUCCUAUUUAGUUAAAAACAUGAGCCAGUUCCCUAGCUAUAUUAGCAGUGUGGAGUCACUACAGUUGGACUUAUCGGGCUACCACCUGAGCGCUGGAGUGUUGCCUGAUUUACCCACUUUCGAAAAUCUUGUAGAUUUGAAGCUGAUGCUUCAAGGAUUUGGCGUUGGGAGCACUCUUGACUGUUGUGCUUCCUUGUUUAAAAGAUGUCCAAUCUUGAGAAGAUUUUCAUUGAAUGUCUCUCUAAGAAAUGGUACCGAGCGUGCUGAGGAUCGGAAGAGAAUUAAGAGAAGCACAGAGUGUCUUCACAGUCUGAUAAACGUGCUUGAACUUGAAGGUUUUGGUGGGUCUGAAGGAAGAGCUGAGGUAGAUUGUUCGAUAGUAAGUUGUCUUCCCUCAUUGGAGCAGGUAAUCUUGCGCCCAUCCUUUGCUAUGUUAUAUGAUAAAGUUGAGAUCAAAGAGAAGGUGGCCGAUCUAUCCAAGCAUCUGAAGAUGAUAAUGCCUCUAAGAGCCGAGCUGAUUGUGUAUGACAAUGUAUAUUAUACACCUAACUAGAGUGUAAAUUAGGUAGCAUCACACAUAACUUAUGUAGUGGCAUUUACAUAAUUUAUAUACGGAGUAGUAGAAUAAGAUCAUUAAUACUAGGCCAUAUAGCAUCAUACUAUAUGACCUAGUAGGUUGAUAUUCUCUAUUAAUCUCUUUAGUGUACUAUCACAAAUCUAUAUGACUAUAUAACAUGGUUAACGAAGAAUUUUUAUAUACUAAUUUGUCACCAUAAUUUUUCAAACGCCCAUAUGGUAAAAAUGGUUGUUCGAAAAUAUUCAAUUUACCGAUGAUUAUAAGUUGGGCUAUAGUCAUGCAUAGAUUUCAUGAUUUGCAAUGACCAUCAAAUUAUUCCAGUAGCUUGAGGUGCCAACCUCAGUAGUUACAUAUAUUAUGAGGGUAAAUGUGUAAUGCUUUGUCACGUUUUAGUUACCUGACCACCAUACGUAAUUUAAAUUAAGUAAAUUUUGUUUUUUUUAAAAAAAAAUGGACACGUAACCACCUUUAUUGUUCUUUUUUCUGGUGAGAAGCCACCGCUUGUCGAAAUUUGAUGGUUGCACGACUUUUUCAGCAUUGAGCCUCAUUAAUUAAACCCUUUUGCACCUUUUUUUUCCCUUCAGAUUUCCCUCUGUUUCUCCACUCCUUUUUUGCAAUGAAACCAACCACCUAAAAACAGCACAAGAACUCGAAGAAGAACCUCAAUCUUUUGAUUAUUCAAUUCCUAUAUUCACUCGGUUGGCGGCCCGAUCGGACGACGUCAAACUGGGCGCGUGUUUUUGUCUUUAUUGAUGCGUUUUUAUUUAGUUUUUGGGCAAGACUAUAAACACUAAGCCCUAAGUUAUUUUGUAAAUAUCUUAUUUUCUAGCAUUCUAUGUUAUUAUUUAGUUUUAUUCUCUCUCUGAACUUUUGUUAAUUACUUUUAUCAUUCAAUUCAAAAUUCAAGUUUUCAAUUCCAUAGUUCGUUCUGCAAUUCGGUGUUGAUUAUUUCUUUCCUUUGGUAUUCAAUUUAAUUAUGUUUUCAUUAAAUAUGAUUGUUUUGUUUAAUUUAAAUAUGUGCGAGUAGUUUAUUUUCUAGGGUUUAGGAGAUCGGUGAAUGCAUGAUUGGGAUUUGAUUGUUGAUUGUAAUUUCUAUAGCUUAUUUUAAUUGUUCGUCAAUUCUGUUCGGCCGGACUAUUUUGAUUGAGUUUGAUUAAUCUUAUAUUAUGUGCCGAGAGGUAUAAAUUUUAUGUUUUUGAUCUGUGGCUAUUAGAUUACAAACUUUUGUAUAAGGCGGUACCGCCUUGGUGGCAGCCAAGAUGCCAUGUAAUCGCUGACAUCAGCCAUUAAUAUACACAAUUUUUAUUUAUUUUUCAAUUCAUAAUCAAUUUCAUUUCUCUCUUCUCAAGAUCCGGCUCUCUCUCCUCCCUUAAACUCUAUGCCUCUCCUCGAAGUCUCCGCCGAAAUCAAGCCUCGUCGCCGCCGUCAAGCCUCUUCGUUGUCGUCGCAAGAAUUCAGAUUAAUUUUGCCGAUGGAGUUGUUGAAGACGGAGCGGCUGAUUUCGGCUGCCGCGAGAAGUUAGGGUUCCAGCAAGCGAACAGAGGCGGCGAUCUCCUUGAGAGGACACGAAGGAACAGAGGACUGGAGUUUAUUGAGGGUCGUCGCAUAUGAAGCUUACCUCGCCGAUCAACGACAAAUCGUUCUUCGGAGUCGAUGAAGAUGGACUUUGGUGGCCUGAAUCCAGGAGGUGCGGUGGAGAUUAGCGGUGUUGAUUACGGUGAGAGGAGGACAACGGUGAACGAAGGAGGAGAGCCGCGGGGAUUAGAGGCUGCGAUUUACAUCCUAAUUUGUUUGAACAGUGACAAAAAAGGUAUUAGGCCGCUUUUGCCGCCGAAAGAAAGCCGGCAUCGCUACCAGAUCCAUCGGGAAAAGAAAAUCGAACGGUGAAGACCGCACUCUUAUUUGUCUACGCUUCUGCAGCCCCCGGUUUUUCAGUCGCUGGUUAGUUGAUUUUCUUGGUCGUUGCCAGACUUGCCACUGCUCUGCUGCUUCUGUUGUCGCUGCAGUUGGUCUGUUGUUGCUGCCGCCGCUGGUGGUAGUUGAAUCAUGAUGUUGAUGUUGUUUCGAGUUGCCUUAUUGCUGCUUUGUAUUGUUGUAAUAAUGUCAAUACAAAAUUUUAUUUGAUUGUCAAAUUGUUGAUUCAUUUCAUUUUAGUUUUUAAUGAUUAUAUCGUUUUAGUUUUAGUUAGGAUUUUUUGUGUUUUAGUUAAUUUUGUUACAUCUAGUUACUCUGUAUGAAAUUUUAUAGUUUAAUUGCAUCUUUUAUAUUAGUUAUA